AUGGGUCGUCGAGCUCGGCACCUCACAUUGGCCGCAAAGAAGGAUUCACAACGCAUCUCGGGCCUCAAAUAUGCUCUGUCCGAGCAUGGUCAAACGCGGCGGGCAGACCGCAAAGCAAGGUCUAAGCUAGGGGAAAGCCUGGGAUCCAAUGAUCCAACCCCUCCUGCUGCUUCCGGAGACAAGCCCCCCAACGGUCUCAUGCUGGCUCUCGCAGAGAUCCCACUGCCGACAGAAAACGCGCUAUUCCGUCGUGUUGUAGAUGAGCCAGACUCAGUCGAUGAAAGUGAUUUCCCUCGCUGGCUAGCGGAGCCCCCAUUUGCUGGAGAUGACGCAUACUUUGAGCGUCAUUCUGCAGAGUACCAAGGCUUUACGAAAGCGCUGGAAACAGCAAUGCACGGUGUGCAGUUCCGGAUGCGUCAAGCCCACCACAAUGAUCUCCACUCACGGUUCCUUCGUGCUGGUGAUGGAAAGAAAAGAGAGGAACUGUUUGCGGAGGUACGAGCAAUGUUGGCCGGGUGGUGGAAGAAAUGGGAGGUGCUCUGUGCAUUCGAGGCUUCAGGGACAUAUGACCCUUUACAUGAUGCAAGACAGCACGCCAUGUUGAAGCAUCAGCAGCAAUGGGUGGCUCGUAACAUUGUACACUUCUACGGCUGCAAAUUCCUUGCGUAA